AUGUUUUCGAGGCUCGUGCUGCGGACAAGCGCGCGCCCCCUGCUGGCCCGCGUGCCGCUGAUGGCGGUGCGUGCACCCCUUUCGACUACUGCGUACCUGCAACUGCCCAAGACGGCCAAAGAGACGAAGCCCAAGCGUGCCUCGCCGAAGCCCAAGGCCACCAAGCCUGCCAAGAAGGAGACGAAGCCCAAGGCGAAGAAGGACAAGCCGUGGGAGGCCCGCGACACGAACGGCAAGCUGUUGCCCCUGCCUAUGGAGAACAAGCCGACGCGCCGCUCGUCGUUCCUGAUCUACUUCUCCGAGCGCCUGCCCCAGCUCAAGGAGAAGACCGAGUACCGCAAGAUUUCGCCUGCGAGCGGCAAGAGUGUGGUGGACGUUACGGCGAUCACUACGGCUGUCGGUGCCGAGUGGAAGUCGCUGUCGCCGGCGGAGCGUGCGCGGAUUGACGAGCUGGCCGAAAAGGCCAAGGCGCAGUACGAAAAGGACCUGGCCAAGUGGCAGGACUCGCUCACGCCCGAUGCGAUCCGCCGCCAGAACCUGUACUACGCGCACCAGCGCAAGCUCGGCAAGUCGGUGCCGAGCAACCUGAAGGACCCUGCCGCGCCGAAGCGUCCCCCCGGUGCCUUUUUCCUCUACGUGCAGCACCUGCGCGAGAACGGCCACGAUCACCUCCCGGUGCAGGAGCUGGCGAAGCUCGCGGGCGAGCGGUGGAAGGCGAUGAAUGCGUCGGACAAGCAUCCGUUUGAGUCCAAGGCGCAGUCGGACUACGAGACCUACACGAAAGAGCACGAGGCGUACAAAAAGUCGGCCGGACUCGCCUAA